AUGGGCUACCACCACCUCCUCGUCUCGCCGCCGGUGGUGCAGCCGCCCCGCCCCGCCCUUCUCCCUCCACCCCGCGGCCGCCGCGGCGGCAGCGGCGCCGUGCGGGUGGCCACCGCGGUCUUUGCCUCGUCGUCCAGCGCCGCUCGCUCCCCCGUUGCGGACGACGCCACGCGGAAGAGGGCCGUGCUCCUCGUCGGCGUCUCGGUGCUCCCGCUCCUCCGCCUCCGCGAUGCCGCGGCAGCGGCGGCCAGGGCGCAGCGCUCGUCGGUUGAUCUCGUCACCGAUAGAACAGAUAUUCAAAAGGCUGACGUAACUCAGCCUGAUGAGCAAGGACAACCAGCAAGAAAUCCACUUGCAGGUUUCCUAAAUGCAAUUGCAGUUAUUACUUCUGGUGUUUUCGCUGGACUUCUUGGUACUUCUCAACAGGAAAAGAAGGCCUUGCAGUCGACCAUCUCAUCUAUGGAGACCAAAUUGGUUGAAAACGAGGCAGCAAUGUCGAUGCUUAGGGAAAACUCUGAGAAAGAAGCUAGAAAGUUUCAGGAGGAGGAAGCCUUGCUGCAAGAUCAGUUGGCUUCAUCUAGAAGAACCGUAGCAUCUUUAACCGAGGAAGUUCAAAGGGAGAAGGAGCUAGUAGAGCAGCUUAACCUUGAGAUAGAUCAACUUAAGAACAGUAUUGCAGAAGCAGAGGAAGACAAACAUUUGUCUGAAGGCAAAUUGAAGGAAAAUAUUGAAGUGCUUGAUAUUUUGCAUGGCAAGGUAAAUCUGCUUAGCCAUGAGGUAAAUGGCAAGGAGGAACACAUCAGGGAGCUAAGCUCAUCACUUUCUGCCAAGGAAAAGGACUACGAGAACCUGAAUGUGAUCUACAAUCAAGCCAAAGAGAACCUAGAGCAGGCAAAUUCCCAAAUAAAGCAACUGGAGAAAGAUGUUCAUACAGCUAAAGAUGAUCUUAAAUCAAAGGCGUCACUUAUUAACUCACUGAAUGAGAAAGUUCAAAUAUUAUACACUGAAAAGGGUGAAGUGGAAGAAAAAGUCAGUGCUUUAUUGAGUCAGUAUACAUACCUGAAAACCGCUUCUGAAGAGAGGGCCUCUCAUGAUUCUGAACUAUUAUUUCAGAAAGAUGAUAAGCUCAAUCAGCUUGAAGAAAAACUCUCUGCUGCAUUGAGUGACUCUAGCAAAGACAGAACUCGAAUAGCCGAGUUGAACAAUGAAUUGGGCACCACCAGAACAAUACUAGAUAAUGAAGUUGUUGCCAGGAAAAGUUUGUCAGACCUUGUUCAGUCCACUGAAGAGGCACUGAGAGAUUCCAGAAAUGAGGUGUUUAAACUCUCUGAAGAGCUUGAUGAAGUAAAGAGAUCAAAUCAGGACUUGAUGACUCGGAUUUCAAAAUUAACAGAUGAGGCCAGUGAAGUGAGGCAAGCUCUGGCUAACAAAAUAGAGCAGGCAGAGUCAGUUUCUGCAAGUCUUUCAGAUGAGCUGGCAUCAGUGAGGGAGGUACUUAAAAAGUCACAAGGAGAACUCGAGGUCACCUCGAAGCAGUUACUUUCGGUUUCAGAAUCACAUAGUGACCUUAAGAAAGAAUUGCUGGAUGCAUAUAAGAAGUUAGAGUCCACGCAAAACGAGCUAGUUAAAGAGCGUAAAAUCAAUGCUACUCUAAACAGGGAGCUUGAGGCUUUUGUGAAACAAUCAGUGAUAGAGUCUAAAGCAAGAAGAGGUCUUCAAGUAGACUUGGAUGAGGCCACUAGAUCACUAAGUGAGGUGACUAAGAGUACACUAUCUCUGUCUAAGCAGCUGGAAACAACUAAUUCCAAGAUUUCUGCUAUUAAAGAGGAGAAAGAGAUGCUAUCAAAGUCCCUUGACGAACAAAAGAAAAGUACAGUUGAAGCUCAGGAAAACAUGGAAGAUGCUCAGAAUACCAUAAAAAGGCUUGGGGCUGAGAGGGAGAAUUUUGAAGUAAGGUCUAAGAAACUUGAAGAAGAAUUGGCCACAGCCAAAGGUGAGAUAUUGCGUUUGAGGAGGCAGAUUAGUACAGGUGGGUCUCCAAACACCCAAGUUCUUUCGGAAACAGGUGCAACACCAAUUAACAAUCAGCCACUGAAAGAGCAACCCAAGAAUGAUCAUCGUGUUCAAAAUAUCAACAGUGCUGAUGCUGUAGCUCCUCGUUCCCCUAAACGGGUUUAUAGGGGGAAACGCAGGCCAGCGGCAUGA